AUGGAGAAGCGAACGGGAGAGAGUCCAAUGGACUUCGAAUGGCAAAAUCGAGCUCCCGGCGAUGUAACCUCGCCAUUCUACCAGCUAGGAGCGCAGCAUGACAAGAAACGUUCGUAUCUCAGUCUUAGGGAGGACGACUGCAAUCUCGAGCCUUCUGACACUCCCACAGGUACAUACAGCGCAUUUGAAUCUCCUCAGAAACAAGCGCUACCCUCCUUACGCGAACCGAACUCCCAGCCUUUCCUCUUCUCACAGCCCCGACAGCAACCUGCACCACUAUCGCCAAAGGCUAAAUUUGGCCAACCUGCCUUCCAGACGCCACGCAAAUUUGACGUAGAUUUCUCAUCAGGCGCCGAGAAUAUGUCGUCUCCAGACUACGCAGACAACGAGGAUACGCCUGAGCAGCAAUACAAGCCAGGGAAGGGAACUGCAUCACUAUUCAACUUUCAUGGCCGGAAUCCACAGAGCCCAGGUCGAGGCGAAAUUCCUCGGCUGACCCACCACUCCAACGCAGCUUUGCACAGGAUACAAAAGAAACGACGGAGAGACAAGGAACUCGGUCGACAAAUACGAGUCGAUAGCGACGACGAGAGCGAACAAGACCGGCCCAGCAGGGAAGAGAAAUCAAUAAAAGCCACAAAACAAGGGAAGGGACAGAAGUCCGAACAGGGAAGUUCGCGGGUGUCAUCCUGGUCUGAGUUCUUCAGCAUGCUGGAGGCACACCCGAAUGUCCCCGCCAUCCUGUCAUGGUGGGCCCAACUGGUGGUAAACCUGUCGCUCUUCUCUCUGGCAGUCUAUGUCGUAUUCGCAUUUGUGUCUGCCAUCCGUGGUGAGUUUGAGCAGGCUGCACAAGAAAUGUCCGAUACUAUCUUGGCCGACAUGGCGGUCUGCACGAAAAACUACAUCGACAACGACUGCGGCCGGUCGAGUCGCGCACCGGCCCUGGAGACUAUAUGCGAGAAUUGGGAACGGUGCAUGAAUCGUGACCCGGCGAAGGUUGGCCGCGCCAAGGUCUCCGCACACACAAUGGCCAUCAUCAUCAACAGUUUCAUUGAUCCCAUCAGCUGGAAGGCAAUUCUGUUCUUCCUCGCAACCAUAUCCACCGUCACCAUCGUUAGCAACUGGUCAUUCCGCUCAUUCCGACACCGUCUCCAGCAACAGCACUACGCGCAACACCCACCCCAACCCCAACCCAUGCACCCACAGCUGCAGCAAAACCCCUCAUUUGGGUACUAUGGGCAGCAAGAUCCUCGGCAAACCCAAGGCAUCGCCUACAAUGAGAAACAAGAUCAGCCUCUGAUGCUCGAGAACACACGGGCAAUGGACUUUGUCACUGAGCGAUCUCGUGAGCGCGAGCAGCACCUCCGCACACCGAGCCCGACUAAGCGUAGGUUUGUCUAA